AGCAAUGGCAGAAGUGAAGCUACACAGAUUCUGGGCAAGUCUUUAUAGUCAUGGAGUGAUUUGGGCAUUGAAAAUCAAAGGUGUAGACUAUGAAUACAUAGAGGAAGACCUUUCUAACAAGACUGAACUACUGUUGAAGUACAAUCCUGUUUACAAGAAGAUCCCUGUCCUUGUCCAUGGCGGCAAGCCAAUUGCUGAGUCCCUCACCAUCCUUGAAUACAUCCAGGAAACCUGGCCGGAGAAUCCAUUGCUCCCAAGUGAUCCUUACGAGAGAGCCAUGGCUCGAUUUUGGAUACAAUUUGGAGCAGAGAAGAGUCCGGUUUUCCGUGCAUUUUUUCUAUCAACCGGUAGAGAGGAGCAAGAGAAAGCAGCAAAGGAAUUUUUGGAAGCGCUCAAAAUUAUAGAAGAGAAAGCUCUUGGGGACAAGAAGUUUUUUGGUGGUUAUACCAUUAAUUUGGUGGACAUCUCCUAUGGAACGCUGGCCUAUUGGUUCAGGAAUGUGGAAGAAAUAAUGGGCGUUGGGGUGCUGGAUACAAACACCUCACUUCGACUGUAUCAGUGGGCUCAAAAUUUCUUGGAAGUUUCUGUCAUCAAAGAAACCAUUCCUGAUCACGACAAAAUGUUGGCCUACGCAAGACAUGUGAGGAAGAAGUUUGUUGCUGGGCAGCUUAACAAAUAGCAUUAAAUAGCGUCAUACUAGCUAGCCUUCCUGAAAAUUGAUUUUCCUAAACUUGGCAGCUUGGGAUGCUUAUCUAAAGCUAUAUAUAAGUAAUCUGCUUUGUUAUGUUUUAUUGUAUAAAUUAAGCAUCAAACAAAUGAAUUCUAGUGUAUAAAAGCAGCACAACUUUGGGUUUUGUGGGAGGAUUCUUUGUACACGUCCAUGAUGGUCUCCUCAUGGCUU